GCGUGGUUGCACUCUUGGGGGGGAUUUUGGUAGGCUGGUCACCACCUUGAAGCAUCACAACUCGUCAUGUUUUCUCCAUUAUUUGGAUGAAAUCAAUGAGAAAACCCAUCCAUGUGAGAGCGUAAGAGGGCCAGUUUCUAACGGCACCUGAUUUGGAGGGCGCUGCUGUAAAUGCAUUCAUCCAGGAGAUGGCGCGCUCCCUCCAUCCGACAGCAGCUCCUCUCCCCGCCAGGCUGUCGCACGAAGCGCAGCAGCUCUACGCGGGAUCGCACGCGCCCUGCCGCACCCGCGCGCUCCAUCUCCCUUACUUUGAUGAGUUUGUCCAGUCGCCUGCUCCAUCCUGCCUCCGCUCACACUCGGUCCGGCCGCUGUGAGCGCUGAACUUAGCCUGCCCUGAACCCGACCGGAGCUGGGAGCGUCCCGCGCCGCAUGUGACGCACCUCACUCACCACGCCGCGCGCUCGGAGAGCUGCCCUUGUGUCAUUUAUCUGGGCCCGGCAGAACGUUUGAUGUCAGCGUGGGUUCUUAUGACCAGUGAUGGCACGCUGAUCUGAGAGCAGUGACGCCUGGGCUCAGCUGACAUCACAGCUGCAGGUGGUCAAAGAUCCGCCUCUCCGAGGAAUUUACAGGUAGAAUCUAGAACUACAGGGGCAGAGCCAGAAAGGACUCUUCCGAUUCGCUCCCCUCGGCAUUGUCCAUGAAUGGCUGCGGGUGGUGGAGCUGGAUCAAGACACGGCGGCGGAAUUUAGCGGUAAAUGUCCAAGUGACGUGAAAAAACUCCUGGAGGCUGCAACUGUCUGGCUGACUUGGGAUCCUGAGAGAGGAGACACCUGCUCGCCGUGCUGCGUCCAAAGGUUUUGGGAAGAAUGUGAAGCUGAAGCUGCAACGCUCUGAGGUUCUGGCCCAGUUAUGUUGACCACUGGCAUCUUCAAUAAACAAAAGACAAAGGUUCUGUAGGUGUUAUGGAGAUUGCUCACUUUCAAUGCUCUUCCUGUCCCGACCACACAGUAGCUUAUUCUUGUUAACUACGCUAUAGCUUUCCUGAAACUCCACUCACUCCAAAAUGGCUGAUGAUUGGAAGCCAACCAUUUCUAGAUGUUGUGUCCUCUCACUGCUGAUGCUGAAGAGCUGCUGGCUGCUAGGCUCCGCCUCCCAGAAGCCUACGACACUAGUAGAUUCCCAGCAGCCUACGCAGGAGUAUGCCCACUCAGUUCGUCUAGAUGGUGACAUCAUCCUUGGCGGCUUGUUCCCUGUGCAUGCCCGAGGGGAAAGGGGCGUCCCCUGUGGUGAGCUGAAGAAGGAGAAGGGAAUCCAUCGCUUGGAGGCAAUGCUGUUUGCUAUAGACCUCAUCAACAAGGACCCGGACCUUUUGCCUAAUGUGACACUAGGAGCACGCAUCCUGGACACCUGUUCACGUGACACCUAUGCCCUGGAGCAAUCACUAACGUUUGUCCAGGCACUGAUUGAGAGGGAUGGCUCCGAUGUCCGUUGUGCUAACGGAGAGCCAGCCAUCUUUGCCAAGCCAGAUAAAGUUGUUGGUGUCAUUGGGGCAUCAGCCAGCUCUGUUUCCAUCAUGGUUGCCAACAUCCUGCGACUGUUCAAGAUUCCUCAGAUCAGCUAUGCAUCCACUGCCCCAGAGCUCAGUGACAACACUCGCUAUGACUUCUUCUCUCGUGUGGUUCCACCUGACUCUUACCAGGCUCAGGCCAUGCUGGACAUCGUCACCGCGAUGGGCUGGAACUACGUUUCCACACUGGCCUCUGAAGGAAACUAUGGCGAGAGCGGCGUCGAGGCCUUUGUCCAGAUCUCCAGAGAGUUUGGUGGAGUAUGUAUCGCUCAGUCCUUGAAGAUCCCUCGGGAGCCAAGGCCUGGAGAGUUUGACAAGAUUGUUCUCCGACUCCUGGAGACGUCAAACGCGCGCGCUGUCAUAAUGUUCGCCAAUGAGGAUGACAUACGACGCAUCUUGCAUGCAGCAAAACGCAACAACUUAACAGGACACUUCCUGUGGGUGGGCUCUGACAGCUGGGGCUCUAAGAUUUCUCCGGUGGUCCAGCAGGAGCAGGUGGCCGAAGGAGCUAUCACCAUCCUUCCAAAGAGGACGUCUGUGGAUGCAUUUGAUCGUUACUUCAAGAGCCGAUCUCUGUCCAACAACCGGAGAAAUGUCUGGUUUGCUGAGUUCUGGGAGGAAAACUUUGGCUGUAAGCUGGGGAUGCAUGGCAAGAGACCUGGCAGCUCAAAGAAAUGUACAGGGCUGGAGAAAGUUGGCCGUGACUCCAACUAUGAGCAAGAAGGAAAGGUGCAGUUUGUGAUGGAUGCUGUUUAUGCCAUGGCGCACGCUCUGCACCACAUGCACCAUGAGCUCUGUGCUGGGCAGCCUGGCCUUUGCCCUCAAAUGGCCAACAUCGAUGGCAAGGAGUUGUUGGCCCACAUCCGUGCUGUCAACUUCAAUGGAAGUGCAGGGACUCCGGUGACCUUUAACGAGAAUGGUGAUGCUCCUGGACGCUACGACAUCUUCCAGUAUCAGAUCAACAACAUGUCCACAGCAGAGUACAAAGUUAUUGGACACUGGACCAAUCAUCUGCAUCUUAAUAUGGAGGCCUUGCAGUGGCUUACCGAUGACUCCAUCCUGCCAGCCUCUGUGUGCAGCCUCCCAUGUCGACAGGGCGAAAGGAAGAAGGUUGUGAAGGGCGUCCCGUGCUGCUGGCACUGUGAGCGCUGCGAGGGGUACCACUUUCAAGCCAGUGAGUUCACCUGUGAACUCUGUUCCUAUGAAAUGAGACCCAACCAGAAUCGUACAGGCUGCCAGCCUAUACCUAUCAUCAAGUUGGAGUGGCACUCACCCUGGGCACUAGUACCCGUCUUCAUCUCUGUCCUGGGUAUAAUUGCCACAAUCUUCGUCAUUGUGACUUUUGUGCGAUACAACGACACACCCAUUGUGCGUGCCUCAGGUAGAGAAAUGAGCUACGUUCUGUUGACGGGUAUAUUCCUAUGCUACAUCGUUACCUUUCCUAUGAUUGCUGCCCCUGAUAUUGCUGUCUGCUCCUUCCGUCGUAUUUUCCUGGGUCUUGGCAUGUGCUUCAGCUACGCUGCACUGUUAACCAAGACCAACCGCAUCCACCGCAUCUUUGAGCAGGGAAAGAAAGCAGUGACAGCACCUCGCUUUAUCUCACCAGCUUCCCAACUGAUCAUAACCUCCUCACUCAUCUCAGUUCAGCUGCUGGGCGUCCUUGUGUGGUUCGCCGCCGACCCGCCACACACUUUUGUGGACUAUGGGGAGCAGCGGACGCAGGAUCCUGGGAACGCUCGUGGUGUUCUUAAAUGUGAUAUCUCUGAUCUGUCACUCAUCUGCUCAUUGGGAUACAGCAUCCUCUUAAUGGUCACAUGCACUGUUUAUGCCAUUAAGACUCGCAGUGUACCCGAGACAUUUAACGAGGCCAAACCCAUUGGAUUCACUAUGUACACCACCUGCAUCAUCUGGCUUGCUUUCAUCCCCAUCUUCUUCGGCACAGCACAGUCAGAAGAGAGGAUGUACAUUCAGACAGCAACACUGACCGUCUCUCUCAGCCUCAGCGCAUCUGUCUCUUUGGGAAUGCUCUACAUGCCCAAGGUGUACAUUAUCAUCUUCCACCCUGAGCAGAAUGUUCCCAAACGCAAGCGCAGUUUUAAGGCCAUUGUCACCGCCGCUACUAUGACCACUAAGCUGUCACAGCUGGCAGCAGAGCGACCCAAUGGGGAAGUGAAGACUGAGUUGUGCGAGGGCGUGGAGGCUAGUGUGCCACCUACAAAAACUACAUACAUCAGCUACACAAACCACGCCAUGUGAGGAAUCAACACCUCUGAAAGGAGGACGUCCAAGAACAUUUACCCUCCAGACAUCUGUCAGACACAGAGGAGCCCCGCCACUGGCUGACUUGGAAAAGGAAUUAUCUGUACAGUCAGAAGGAUCAGGGAGCUGUCGUGUGAGAUGUAGAGGUGUGGUGUUUUUCAUCUUAGAGGGAGCAGGGAACUGCCCUCAUUGCUGCACAUCAGAUGAUCACACCAAAAAAAACGAUCCAGGAAAAAAAAAAGGAAGAAAUUGUGUGGACCUACCACAUUUGUUGUUGUAUGUAAAAAACAAAACAAAACAAAACUUGGUUUUUGUUGUGAAAACUUCUAAAUCUUGUUUCAUGUUGUUCGUUACUCCACCCCUAUGAUGAGAUGAGUGGCUAACUGAGUGCUCACUUUGGUUGUGAAAUGUCUAUAAAUGCUAUUGUGUAAUUGAAGCAUGCCCUUUUUAUACAAAUGAUCUAUUUAUAAUAAAGGAAUGUUUCACAUGUCUGUAUCGUGGUUUUGCUUGUUCACCUGGUGAAAUUAUCUUAGCCAGAUGACUGAAAUACAGACACAUGGUGUAUGUUUGGAGAACAUGAUUUAUUUGUUUAUUUUUAUUUAUUUUUUGUGUUUCUUCCUAAACUCUCUGUGUUAUUCACUAAUCUAACAAGUGUUUCAGUGGAGGCAGGAAGUUGUACAUUUCUGCAUUUUAAGUAAUCAGACUUUUUUCCA